GCGGGGCGAGUGGGCCGUUCGCUUCCGGCACCGAGGCGCCCGGCCUGGGGUUGCGGAGGUUGGAGGGCGGCCGUUCCGGAACGCUGACUUUUCCUGGCCGUCCUCCGCGCCACCGAGGCGGUAGAGCGGAUCCACGCGGGAGGCCAGAAGCUCCGAGGCUUCGCAACUGGUGCACAGGCCCCGGCGCCUGCCGGCUGUGCUAUGGUCCAGCUCAGUACUCUGCUCUGCAAGGCCUACCAUGGAGGCCACUUAACCAUCCGCCUUUCCCUGGGUGGCUGUACCAACCGGCCUUUCUACCGCAUCGUGGCUGCUCACAACAAGUAUCCCAGGGAUGGCCGUUUCGUGGAGCAGCUGGGCUCCUAUGAUCCACUGCCCAACAGUCAUGGAGAGAAACUCGUUGCUCUCAACCUGGACCGGAUCCGGCAUUGGAUUGGCUGUGGAGCCCACCUCUCUAAGCCUGUGGAAAAGCUUCUGGGUCUUUCUGGCUUUUUCCCUCUGCAUCCGAUGAUGAUCACAAAUGCUGAGAGGCUGCGACGGAAACGGGCACGAGAAGUCCUCUUAGCGGCUCAGAAAACAGAUACAGAGGCUACAGAAACAAAAGCAAACUGACUUCAGUGAUCAUAGCAGUGGGAACAAGGUCAAAGUCCUCUUAAAAUAUUUGUGCAGAGCUCUUAGUUUUAUUAUAUUUAGAGGUCAAUAAAUGGAAUUUUUUAAGUCA